AUGCCAUUGCCUGCUUGGCUUAAUUGUGAUGAUGCCAUAGCAACGUAUGGGUUAAACCAAUCAUACAUAUUUGUUCGGGAGCAAUAUGGGCUAAUGAAUCAUGGGCAUCGUAGUAGAAUUAGGACUCAAAGGAAACUUGGUGUCUAUAGAGUUUCUUAUAGGGUCAAAUCUAUUAGGAAUAGGAAGUGCUUUGACCUUGGUAUACCUGGGGAGCAUUCUGGGAAAGACGCGAUUACUCCAACAAAUAUGGUGGCAGCUGAUUUGGAUGAAAGUCAAUUUGAUUUGCCGUUGCAGAUGCCAAAUCAUCCAGCAAAUAGUGAUCAGGAAAAUAUUGCUCAGCAAAUUCAUGAUGUUGAUGUGCAAUGGGAAGAUGUUGUGCAAAGCAAAUUGAACAAACAAUUAACAGAUUCUUGGGAUUCAACUUUUUUAAUCGACCAUAAUUUUGCAUGCAUAGAAGGUUCUAAAAUGACUCUGGAUGAUGAUAGGGGAUUUCAAAUUACUAAAGAAUAUCCGGAUAAAGGAUUUUAUUCAGAGGGGGAGCUUUCAGGAAGUCUGAACUAUGUAGAGGUUGAUUCUCAUGACUCUGAUGCAGAAGUGACCUAUGACCUUAAUUUCAUACCACAUUUAGGCGAUCAUUCAGGCAAAGAUAUGGACACUACUAUUAUUCAGAAUCCUUUGAUUAAUGAAUCCUUCCAAUUCAAAGAGUUUCCAAAUGAAGAGACAGAGGCUCCACAGACCAUGGACUCAGCUGAUGCAGAAGCUGUAGAUACAAAUGUGUAUGUAGAGGAAAUUCAUGAUACUACUGUUCAUGCAACUAUUCCCUUAAAUGUUCAUGCAGUAGAAACAGAGGCUGAAACUUUGGCAAAAAAUGCUCUCUGA